AGGCUAUGUCACAAAUUUUCCCAAUAAUCGAUUUCUGACUCUUUUGUCGUGCGGGAGAAAUUGUACAAGCGGUUUGUGAUUUCGGCAAAUGAUCGCUAAAUUGAGAAGAAAGGCUAGAAACAAGUGUUGGAUACGAGAAAACUGUGUCUUAGGCCAGCAAUAGUGAUAUUUUGCUAAGUAUUUUGGCUUUAACGAUAGGGAAAUAUUAUCAUUAAAAUUCCGUUUUGUGCGCAGUUUUCCCAAAUCGUCGGAAUCUUGUUGAUUGAAAAUUGAAACCACCACACUAUUGACCAGUUUUGAUAUCGUGCAAAAGGAGUGUGUAGCGCUAUUUGUUAGGUGUAAGAUGAAGUAAGAAGGUGGAAAAAAAAUGGUCUGCUAAAUGAUUGGUGAAAAGUGAAAUCUCAAAUCUUGAACCCAAAAGGAUUUACGCUCGAUUGCGUCCGAACACCCAAUUCCGGAUAAACAAAACUCGCAGACCGGAGUUAACAUCGGAUUGCGAUUCUUUGGUGGAACAUUCAGGCGAUGGUGACCACUCUUCCCGUCGAUCAUGAAAACAACUGUGUAUGCUCUCUGAAUUGAAUAAAUAUCAUAAAUAUAGUAAUGGUUUUCGAAAGGAAAAUAAGCGAACUGAAGUACUGAAUGGACGACCAAGCACCCCUUUCCCCACCGUCGUCCUUAUCGCAUGUCGAGGAUGGCGAAGAGGGACCAACAGUUCUACGGCGCGAUGCCAGUGGAUUGUUUUCCGCCGACGCAAACGGGUCGCAUCGGGUCUCAACGGACUCAACAUCGACAUACGAAAUAGUGGAUUGUAGUAACUCGCCAGAAUCGACCGACGAAAUGUGGACCAAUGUUGUGAAAAUUACCAGAGCCACCAACGAAACAGUAGCCGAAAUGAUGGAGAAUGCCGGUGUCGAGGGUGAAAGUGAUGAACUGGAAGCAGAAGAUGAAUACGAAAUACAAGAAGCUAAACAAUUGAUAAGAUCUUCAACAAAGGAAGAAAAACAACGACACAAUGAGGGAAUAUUGACUAUGAAAUCAAACUCAGCUUCUUCGGAAACAAACUCAUGGGAAACAUUUUCACCUUCAAAAGCGGCCUGCGACGCCGUGGAUAGCAAAGACGUUAUCAAUCCCUUGGAUAAUGCACCUGUGGCACAGACCAAACCAGGGCCUUCGAAGGCAUGUUUUAUCGACGCGUCUUCGUUGUUUGACGAAGACGAGGUUCCGUUUCCCUCUUUUGUGGAUUCUAGCUUACAAAGACAGCAACAAGAAAAAACUACAGUUUCGCUCUCUGCUAUUCUGAGCGAUGAUGAAAAGUUGAAAACUUCCAACAAUUCAACUGUUUUCGAAGUUAAGGAUCAGUAUUGUUCACUUCCAAGCAAUGAAUACUUAGCGAGUAAACUUAAUUUUGACGACAAAAAUCACCUGGAAUCUAGCGAUGGGGACGUUACUAAACAAGAAUCAGAACGAAAGCAAGGUACUUUCCUAUUCCAAAAUUCAAUACAACAAUAUUCUGGUCAUCUCAUUGAACCUCACCUACAAUUCGGAGAUGAAAACUAUAGUGACGUUUCAUUGCCAAGUGUUUAUUCAUCAGGUAGUGAACCAAAUUAUGAGUAUCCUUCUUUUGCCGUGGACAAACCUUCGCGGUUCAUGAGUACCGGAGGCAUAAAUACAAGUGGUUACAAUUCAGGAUCAGCAGAUUACUCUUCCAGAAUGGUAUCACAUAUCGAAACAGAUAAUACUCACUACCCAGAUACACCAUUCAACUCUAUUGUCCAUGUCAACUCUGCUGUUAGUGUUCCGUCGAUAAGUCGACGUUUUAUAAGUGACAGUAGGGAAAGUUCUGUGGAUCGUGAAUCGCAUUCAACACCCAUCAAGAUUCCAAAACGCACCCAAAAACAUGAUGAAUCUGCACCCAUUGUAUCUGGCGGAGCAUCCAUAGAAGACUUCACGCCCAAACAGUGUGAAAGUCCUUCCGUUCGUAGAAGAACUGACACAUGCCCUAUUGUUUCCGGUGGAAUAAGUUUCGAGGACGAUUUCAAACCCGAAGAACGGUCUCGAAAACUAAGCAGUUCAGCAAAAUCAUGGGUGGUCGAUUUAAAGAACUGCCCAGAUGACGAGAAAUCGGCAGCAAUUUCUUCAAUAGAGCACAAUCGUAGUGGUAUGGGCUUUUUUGUGGACUUAGGAAGUUUAAAGACACCGGAGGAGGAAAAAUCUAUUGUGGUGAACAGCAAAGUUCAAAAUCGCACACACCAAGAAUUGAUGAAAAAAUCAACUGGAUUCUAUAUCGAUCUAUCUGAUGGCGAAAGUUCGCGUAGUAAUACACCAAAGUUAGCGAAACCGAGUACUCCUCCGAUUAAAACUAUUUCUAGUGAAAGCUCUAGAGCCGAAUCGGUCGAAAAAGAUUCGAAAAAGAACAUUUUUUCGAUGUUUAUAGAUUUUGGAAACGAGACAACAAAUAAACCAUCUCCGGCUCCAAGAAAAUUGCCUUCGGCAUCUGUUCCCGUAAAGGAAGAGUCGAUUACACCACCUGUCCGUGCUAGACCAACAAAUCUUGGCAGCGAGGAUAAGAAAAAUUGUUACAUGUUCAUAGAGUCAGAAUCAUCACCAGUAGUGAGAAGAAGUAAUGUAUCAUCCGUUGCUCGAACAGAUUCAAAACGACACUCAUGGAAUCCAUCUAGCACAGAAGGCACAUUUCACGAGCGUAGAAUUAUAAAUAGGGAAUAUCAACGCUCUACCAGUGUUACGAGUGACAAAGGCAUCAUGAAUAUUUUGGACAAGAUUCCUCUCUUGUCAAAAACCUCGAGCAUGUCAAUCGAUUCCUCAGUUUCGCCAUAUGAAGAUUUCACCUGUUCUAAAUCUGAGUUAAGCACCUAUUCCAAUCAUUCAGCUUCGUCAAAUUCUGCCCAAUCCAGCAAUGAGUCCAAAGUUUCUCCCAAAGAUGCUUCCAGAGUGCCUGAAAUGACCGCUUCGGUAAAAAAGAAACGGAAGGAUGUUAAAAUUAAUGAAACUUUCGACAAGAGCAGCCAAGGAUCUGUGACGGAUGGAAUAUUGUCAUCGAACGAAGAUACUUCGCCUGUAUCGACUACCGAUACCGAUGAUGUAACCUUUCAAAACAAUCCUGCAGACGAACUUAACGAGUACUUACCAUUAGACGCAAAAGCAGAAAUAACACCAGAAGCUAAAGUCCCCCUACACACAAGCAAGCAAAUGGAAACCAUAGUUGAAGCAGUAGAAAGCUCUCCAAAGCAUGCAGCUCUAAACCCUCGCAGGCCGCCACACACAAUGGAAACACUGCACGCAACUAUCGAAAAGCAGAAACAACUAUUAGAAACCGUAUCUGAGAACGUCGAGUCGCAAAACACGUCUUCGUCGUUUGUCAAACUGUCCGAUAUGGAUAAACCGCCCACUUUGCCGACCAAGUUUGAGCUGCAUUCAAAUCCACAAAACAAUACCAACACAACUGGUUAUAUGUCCAGUUCAGCAGGUUCAAACCGAGUAGCUCGUUUGUUUGGCGACAACACCCAGCAAAAGUACAACACCAUCGGUACGACCGAACAAACGCAACACCAGCAAAGUCAAAGACAACAGCAGCAAAACUAUUACGGCAGCAACAGUGGCGGCGGAACGACAACCAUGGAACGGCAUUCCUGGAACAUGUCUCGGUCCACCGGCAAUAAUUUUAUGAACCUGGUUUCGUCGGUGGAAAACUCUCGCAGUUUGAGUCGCCUGUUUCCGCAUUUAUCGAAAGCCUUUAGCAGCAGUCUGCCAUGUGACGUUGGUAUGAAUGCCGCGGCAAGAGGCAACGAUCUGCACGACUUCAUCACUUCAGAUUUUUCGUGCACUUCAAGCAUAACUUCUAGUCGUUCUGGAAUUGAAUCUAUCGAUGAAUCCAUUUCAAGUCGGCAACCGCGACGCCUGGGAGAGGAUUUGUUAAAAAUGUUCCUUCAGGAAAUCGCCACCGACGUUACGAUCGAGGCAGAAUCCAAGAAAAUGCGCGCUCACAAGUGUAUAUUGAGGUCCCGGUGUCAAUACUUUGCGGCUAUUCUGGCAGGUGGAUGGAUACAGAACAGUGGCAAUGUAAUAAAUCUUCCUGGUUACUCGUACGCUGCCGUGCAUUUCGCUCUCUGUCAUAUAUACUCGGGAGCUUCUCAUCCUCCAGAGGGAAUAAGCUUGAUGGAAUUGGCGGCACUAUCCGAUUUGUUGGGACUUGAAGGUCUCAAAGAAGUGACAGCCUAUGCAUUGAAGACAAACUAUUGCCACAACUUUCACAAGCCAUGCUCGGGUUGUACGGACGGCGUAUUACAAGUCCUACCGGUAACGUUAAACCAUGGAUUGGAUGAUCUGUAUCGUAAAUGUUUGAAAUGGGUGUGCCGGCAUUAUGUGAAGAUUUGGUCCAACAAACAAUUUUCACAGCUUCCACCCGAUGUUGUGAAUCGAUGCAGGCAACAAAUAGUAGCUCAUUUGACGUCUGAAACAGUUCUGAACACAAUUUUGGACAGUGAACAGCUAUUAACUAUUCUGCUUCCAUAUAAGUGGUCUGAAGAAGUUGAAAAUGUUGUAAGAGAUAUUCUGGAUGCUGCGUAUGAUUAUAUUCAAGACCAUUUCGCUUCUUUGUUGGCUAGUGAUAGUUUCCUUUCGCUAGGUCAUAACUACAGUUGGGCUAUUUCCCAUGUUGAACCAAUUUUGUUGCGAGCUGCAACCAGCCUAAGCCCGGAUCAGGCCUGUAAAAGUUAUCCUCGAGCCACCCGGCUGCAUAAGCUACUGCAAGCUAAAGUUCUAACAAUGACGGCAACACCAUCUAGCGAUAACAUGAACGUUAUCAACAUUUACGAUAAAAAGAACAAGAUAGAUAUUGAAUAUAGCCGUGAGGAGGAAGAAAUGGAUUGGUGCGAAGAAUUUGUCGGGAUGGUGAAUGCGAUUCUCUCGGCCGUCGAGCAGUGUUUGAUCAGACAAUGUGCCCGAGCAAUGCGCGUCAACUCUUGGCAGCGAAUGGACGUAGAAUUGCGUAAUAAGAUACAAAAGUUGGCUUGUCUGAUGGAACCGACUGAAGAACGAAAGUCUCGGUCGAGAUAUUCAUAUUCCUCCCAGACAAGCUCUUCUUCUUCGAUUCACUCCAGAACCAACGAUCUCCGUCAGGUUAGGUUGGCUAUUCAAGCGCACACAAAGCGAUCUUACGAAAAUCAUAACAAUCACAACCUGAAUAAUAAAACUCAUACACAACAUACCCAAACCAUCGUUCAUCACAACGAUUUCAGCAACGGAUUGAGCAGCAACCAGAAAUCGGUAAAAGCUAUCGAAACAGCCGAUCGGAAUAAUGUGCGAACCGAUCAUGGAUUCGAGAACGGAAAACUUUCUAAAAGUGCAUCAAAAAAUUAUGGCAAUGAAGUGAAAAUGAACAAAGCGAAUAAUAAAAUGACUUUACUCAGUAAAAAUAAUUUAAUGAUUCACAAACGAUCCCAGUCAGAGGACAUGGGUUCGAAAGUAAUCGCUGCAAAGCACGAGCCAUUAAACAGCAAUACCAAAGCCAAGUUGACAAAUGUGAAGUCACGCUAUUUGGAACCGAAGAAACCUAAGAACACUAGCAAUCUACAGGUUCAGCAUAUGUCGUCUAGCGGCAGUUCUACACGAACAUCUAGUCCCGCCACAGGGCGUAAAAAAUUACCUUUAGGAAACAUAACCAAACAAGAUCACGAAUCAAAUCUUUCGCUGGACAGUCUUUCUUCACCAGCUAAAAAUAUGAAACAUUUAAAAACACGUCCCACAAUAAGUGAAAUGGACGUUUCGAUAGACUCACUAGCUGAAUCUUUAAAAUCAAGUUCAAUCAAAAGCAACACUCUUUCACACGAAUCUCUCAUCUAUCAAGAGUACUUUAAAACAAAAGAUACGAAUGUCGAAAAGUUACGGCAAACCUAUUCCAAAUCAAACACAAACAUCAAAGAACCAAAGUCUAUGGAAUCUCUUGCGGCCAACUCCAAAAAUUCGUCUCAAACUAAACACGUUUUGAAAAACAGCAAUAGCAACAACAAUCAAAAGAUGACAGCAAUCAGCAAAACUGUCGGCAUCAAUCGUACUUCUUCAUCUGCUAGCGUUGGGUCCAAUUCAGCAGCUUCGUUUGUUAAAAAAAGCUUUCUCUCGCAGCGAUCGAAGGAAAUUUUAGCUAGACGGUCCCAGGAGCCGAAGUCGAACUCAACGAAUUCCAGCAACAAAUCCGUUGCAUCUUCGCCUAGUCUCUUGUCUCGUGAUAAAUCCAGCGCAAGCGAAAUUCAAAAGUCUGGUUCCUCCGCUUCUAUUUCUGCUGGAAACUCCGGUUCACGUAAAGUGUUCAGCACGACACUUCAUCUUCGAAAGACAGCCCGCUUGUCACAGGAACCGCCUCUGGUUAAACCAGCGCCGGUGCUCAGUGACAAUAGACCUCUGAGAAGUACUUCAAUUCCAGUAGCGGGAAAACAGCAACGUAAAUCGUCGACAUCGGUCAAUCGAUCGAAUAGCAACAGCAGCACUGGUGGCCGAGUGACUGUGUCGCGAGCUUAUAAUAGCAACGUGGUCAUGAUUCCGGCACCGGUUAUCGCUGCCAGUAAUGGUAAUCACAAAGCAGAAGCGGAUGCAUACUCUUCCUCUUCUUCUUCCGAUAAAAGUAACAGCAGUGCAGGCACUGCAGGUGGUAAAGCACUACCAGCGAGAGUGGAAUCAAAACUGGAACGGUCGAACACAUUCUGCAUGGAAACUUCAGAUAAUCCAGUGGUGCUGCAGAUAAUUGAGUAAAUGUACUACAUUCUUGUUUCGUAUUGGGAACAUGGAAAUAACUGCGUGAUAAGGUAAGAAGACGUUGAUGAGCUAUUUCGGCAACCAUCAGCUUUUUGGGGUUUUAAUUUUGAUAACGUGAUGAUCAGAUGUUUUGAGGCGAACAUUGACCUCAUAAUAAUGCUACUUUGUAUUUUGUUGUCUAUUUCAGUCUCACUACAUUUGGAAAAUAGUUUGGAAUUUUGCGACUGCGUGGUGCGUCAAUAAUCAGCAAAGCUUCAGCUAAACAUCACAAGUUGUAAACAUUAAAAAGCUAUCUAAACCUUACACCAAUGCAGAAAUUUGUAAUGUUAGGAAAUGAAAAACACUUCUCGUAGAAAGAUAAGAGCAAACGAUUUACUUACUCGAAAUUCAUCAUGUACAUCUAGUCAUUUAUUUAUUUCGUGAUCGAUUUCGAAAAAAGUGUGCUGUAUGCUGCCUUCUUUUGAUUUUACUGAGCAGUUUAUUCAAAGCUGAAGUAACCAUAACGACUGUGAUUGAAUUUAGGAAGCAGUAUUUGAGAGGCAUUUAGAUCUUUGCAAAUAACGAAACAUCUGAAGAUUCACUGUUUCUAUCAACACCUUUAAAGAUCAAAAUUAUUUGGGAUUUUUUGACAUAUUUAUUCAUACGACGUUUUCUCAGCCAUUUAUUUGAUGUUCUAUUUGGUCAUUUGGGUUAUUUGACUUACAUCGAUGUGUACUUGUACGGAAAUUUGAAGAUUGUUGUCCUUCAAUUUCAUUACCUUUCUAAAUAUUCAAUGAACCCACAUUUGUACUAAAACAACAACACCAGCUUACAGUACAUUGUAUUGUUACGCUGCAAUUAAGUUCAAAAAACAGUGGACUAAUAUUUUCUGUUAACAUGACCAAUAGAUUAUUCAUUAAUUUAUGAAUUAUUCAUGAAAAAAUGUAUCACCUUAAAAAAAAAAGCAGAAUGAAUUUUGAAUAUACGGUAAAUAACAUCUUUAUUAUUUUUAGAUUCUGCAGCUUCAUGGAAACAAUUCUUCAAUAUUCAUUUAAAAUACUUUAUCUCUGAAAACGUGUGGUUUACUAGUUUUUUUUUAAAAAAAUUACUCAUUUAGACAACUUGCAUUUAAUUUCAUUUAAACUUUCAAUAGUAAGUUUUUAUAAUUGGCUGAUAAAAAAGUCAGAACGGUAAAGUCAAUAAAGAUAUUCUAGUUACUCUUGCCGUUCGUUGUAUAAAUUAAAAAAGAUCUGUAAAAAUGAUAAAAAAUUUUUGCCUCUCGUUUUUUUAAACAUCGAAACAAAAACAAGUCCGUUAAAAACUUUAAAAAUUCUAUAAACUACGCAUUCAUUUUCAAAGAAUGUUUAAUCUGUGAAAUAUUCUAUUCGUGUGUUAUUUCAUAAUAAUUUUUUGGUGUGAAAAUGUCAUAAAUAUUAUAGUUUAUCGUAUUAGUAUACUAAGUACUUUCACUGAAGUCACAACUAGUUAGAUCACGUAACACGAACAAAUGUUACAAUUAAUUAACUUUAAUUUUGCAUUGGUCCUCUUCUAUAAACUGCCGUACUAGUUUUUGUUGAAUUUACUCAUCGACAGUCGUUUUGUGUUUACGUUUAAAAUCUUUCGAAAUUGACAAUUAAUUUUUUUUUUGUCCUAAAACAUACUUUAUUAAAGAUAUUAAAGAUUAAAGAAUAAAAAUACAUUCCCUCCAUUUUUGUUAGAGUAAUUAUUGAUUUUCAUUUCAUUCAGAAAACAAUAACUGUAGGUAUAGCCAUAAGUUAUAAAUAACACUGAAAAAUCCAAACAAAAUACCGAUCAAUGUAAUUCUUUCCUAAACGCAAGCGCGCAGCUAUACUUAAACUGUUUACGCUUGUAAACACUAGUCAUUUGUACAAAGCAGAUUGAUCAAAAUAUCACACAACUAUUUAUGAUAAAUCACAAUAAAGUAGAAUUUGUGCAUUGACAUUAAACUGUACGAGCGCAACGGUAUACAGUAAAAAUAUUGCAAAAUUUUGUCUUCAUAAGCUAAGUUAGGCAUCAUCAACAUUGAGUUAUAAACCGAAACGGUAUGCAAUAUGUGAUUUGAAUUCCGUCAGUUAAGUUAGCAAUUUAUUUUUUAAUUCUAUAAGUUUGUGAUAUGUUUGAAAUUUAAAAAUUGUUGAAAACAUGUUUUCUCUCAUCUUUAUUUUCUUGAUUUGGUAUUAAUUUUUCGGUGCAAAACUUCUCAAAGUCAUAUUACUCGUUGUUCUUUUGUGAUCUAUUUGAUAAUUAAAUUAAAAAAUCAGGAACAAAAAUACA